AAUGGUCUUUCCGCAAUUUUUGGGAGAUGUGAUACAGGUUUGUUGUCGAAAAAGCGUAAACGAGAUUCGAUAUUGAUCUACCAUGGUAGCUAAAUUCCUAUUUGUGUUUAUCUUAAUUGGCUUAUGGAAUUCUGAAAUUGAAGGUAUGGGAAAAUACAAAUACAUUAUGCAGAACAUGGGAAGUUGUAAUGGUCCAGAAUACGCUGACGUUGAAUCACCGCUAAGGAAUCUGGUAUUUAAGAAAGUUAACAGGACAGCAAAGACACUGAGUUUUGAUGUAAUUUGGAAGAGGCCCUUAGACGAUAAACUAGGGGCCACCAUUAAGGCAGAGAAGCUAACGAAUGGUGGAGGGGGACAUAUGGCUAUUCCCUUCAUUCCCUUAUUGGUAGAUCCAUGCACUACAUUCUUAAAGAAUUUUAGACACCAUUGGAUAGAUUUUGCUACGAAUAUGGGAGUACUUGAGCCUGACAAGUGUCCAAUACCUGCUGGAAACUAUAGUUUAAAGAAUUAUGUAUUCAACAGUGAAUAUACGCAGCCUAAUUCAAUGCCAAUAGAGGGAACAAUGCUGUACAGAACAAUUUUUCAAGAUAUAAAAACAAAAGGAAUCUUCUUCUGUAUAGAAGCUGUCAUUUACCAUUCUAAAAUUUAAAGUCAUAAUAAUAUAGUAGGCUGUUAGAUUUUAUCUUUCGAUAAUAAAAACGCGAUAAUA